AUGGAUAUAGAUAUAAUAAAUAAUUAAGAUUGGAAGCUGUUUUAAUAAUAAGAAUAAUUAGAGGAGUAAUAAAUUGUGGAAUGUUAAGAUAAAACAAUAUUUGGAGGAAUGUCAAAUAUGGUAAUAUUUAAAACAUUUUUUAUUCCUCCUCAUUUUGCUUAUUAGAUUAAUUUUCUAAUUUUUUCAUCUUUUGGAUUAGAUUUCAGUAUCACAGUAAACGUAGACGAUUAAUAAAUUAAUAAGACUUAUUCAAUUUUUGGUUUAUCAUCAUGUGGUAAUGGUGAUGGUUUAGCUGUAACUUAAGAGACUUUUCUUCAUAGUAAUAAACAUUUUAGCCCUACACUUUAAAUUUAAAUUUUGUUACCCUUAGCUAUUAAUGAGCCACCCUUUUUUUGGGGGAUUGCUGAUUUUGCCUUAUUCAUCUUUCAAUGUCCUUAAUAAUGUGAUUCUUGUAAUGAUAAUGGUAUAUGUGAUAAAUGGGCUUAAAUGAGUAUAUAUUUUGGGGAAGAAGUUAUCUUAGAAAAUGAGGGUUGGCUAAAAAAUGAUGAAUUUUUUUAAGGAAUCAUUAGAUGUGGAAGUAAUUUUUAACUUAUAAUUAUUUAGAUUUCUAAAUGUAUGGACCUUUUGUUAGUUAAGAUGUAAUUAAAUUUAAUUCAUUAAUUUAUAAAGAUCAUUCAGAAAUCAGAAUAAGAUUUAAAUUAAUAGCUAUUUAACUCUAAAAUUUAAUCUCUUUGAAAGUAUAAGUUAACAAUGAUGAAUAAAUAUUUUCUACUAAUCAUUUAAUAAAUGAGUGGUAUUUGAUUUGUGGUGAAUAUUAAACAUUUACUGUUAUUGAUGGAUAAUUUCCACAUAAUAUUCAUUAUUUAAUGAUCUCAAUAAUUCUACCUGAUAUUAUAGAUACAGAUGCUUAAUUUGGAAUUAGAGACUUUGAAAUAUUUAUAGAUGCAAAAAACAUUGAAAUAUAAGAAUUAUGCAAUGAUGAAAACAUCUAUGCUUUUGAUGGUUGUUUCAAUUUCCAAUUUGAUUGUUGUGAAGGAUGUAGUAAUUGUGUAUAAGGUCAAUGUAUGGAAUGUUAUUACACUUGGUAGUAUGAUUCCUAAAAUUAUUAAUGUCUCUCAAUUUGUGGUGAUAAUAUUAUUGUUGGAUUUGAAGAAUGUGAUGAUAUAAAUUAAUUACCUUAUGAUGGUUGUUAUUAAUGUAAAUUUUCUUGUCCUUUGAAUUGUUUAUAAUGUAAAUUUGGUAUAUGUUUAAUUUGCAAUCUUUCAUUUUAAUUAGUAAAUAAUAUUUGCACCCCUUAUAAUACAGAUUUAUUAAAUAAUUUUAAUUAAUAAUAGUUAUUACCUAUUAAUCAUAAUUGUUAACCAGAAUGUUAAGAAUGUUAUAAUACAUAUUGUAUAAAAUGCUUGAAAGGUUGGAAUUUGUUUAAUUAUUAAUGUGUUCAAGAUUUAUUUAAUGAUGAUGAUAAUACAGAAUUUGAUGAUUCUAUUAUAGAUUAAACGAUUUGUGGAGAUGGUAUAAUUUAAGACCUUGAAGAAUGUGAUGAUGGUAAUACAGUUCCAUUUGAUGGAUGUUUUGAAUGUUAAUAUUAAUGUGAAGAGAAUUGUAAUGAUUGUAUUGAUGGUAAAUGUAUAUUAUCAGAAUCAGAAGAGUUAUUAAAAUUUGAUUGUGAUUUUGGAUUUUAUUUGAUUGAUUAAAAAUGUUUAUCUAUUUGUGGUGAUUAAAUUAUUGCAUCAGAUGAAAAAUGUGAUGAUAAUAAUAAUGAACCUUAUGAUGGUUGUUUUUAAUGCUAAUAUUCUUGUUCACUUUAUUGUUAAAAUUGUAUUGAAGGAUAAUGUAUGAAAUGUGAUAUUGGAUAUUAAUUAUAAAAUAAUGGAUGUUAAGAAUAAUGUGGAGAUGGAAUUAAAUCAUUAAAUGAAGAUUGCGAUGAUGGAAAUAAAUUUUCUUUAGAUGGAUGCUCAGAAGAAUGUUAAAUUGAGAAUUUAUGGAAAUGUAAUACAAAUGAUUAAGAAUUGAGCAUAUGUUACCAAUUUGAUAAUCCAAUUAUCUAAUUACAAUAUUUAAAUAUCACAUUUAAUAAGUAAUAUAUUUUGAUGACAUCUUCUCAAUAUAUCAAAUUAAAAGAAAGUUAAGAUAAUUUAACAUAAAAUCUAGAACCCUAGAUUAUAAAUGUUAAUAAAUAAAAUUACAUUAUAACUUUUGAUUUUUAAGAUGAGCCAACAUUUGAAGAAUUCAAAUAUAUAUAAUAUUUAUUUACUAUUGAACUUCUAAAGUAAUUGGAAGUUGAUCUAAUUUUCUAGGUUUCCUUUAACAUUUCAUUAAUUAAUAAUUAUGAUUUAUAAAUUUUGAAUAAAGAACUUAAAUUAAAAUUGAAGAAUCCUAUUGUAUUAAAUCAAUAAUAAAAGGAAAUAUCUACAAAAGCUAGUUAAUUCAAUAUUUUGAUGCUUAUAAUUCUUGGUGUUUCAAGUAUUAUUAUUUUAUUGUCUGGUAACCCAUCAGAUUGUUUUGAAGUUUUGGAUGCAUUGUAAUAUUAGUCAUAUCUUAAAUUUAUUAAUGUUGUUUAUCCAGAAAAUGUGUUUAUUUAUUUUGAAUCUUCUGAAUUACUUUCAAUUUAACCUUUUUUAAUUAAAUUUAAUUUAGUAGAUUUAUUUUAAUUAAUAUUUGGUUAAGAAUUAUUAGAAUCAUUUGGCAAGUUUUAUUUUUAUUCAAUUAAUGCAGAUUUACUAAUUAAUUUUUAAAGUCAAAUUUGUUAGAUAGUACUUAUGUUGUUUUUUGCUAUUUUUUAUUUUGCAUAUGUCAAAUUUUAUUAUAAGAAAUGUUUUACACCAAGUUAAAUGAUAUAUAUUAAAUAGGUACAUUCUAAAAUAUUAGAAAAAAUUGCAGUUAUUCUUUAUUUAAUCAAUUAAUUUAUACUAAGUUUAGGAAAAAUGUUUACAAUAAAUGGAUUGAUCAUAUGGUUUUUAGCAAAUAGUUGGGAUGUUCUUUUCAAAAUUAUCCUAUAUUUCUAUUCUAAACCUUAAAAUUCCUUAAGGACUAUAUUCUCUAUCCCUUUAUGUAUAGUGAUUAUGUUAUUCCUUUUUACAAUCUCAAUAUCUUUUAUAAUUAAAACUGCUUAGAAUAAUAAGUUAAGUAAUCUAAAAAUAUUCAGACAUCAAGGUUUGAUUGUUAUCAAAAAAUUAUUAUUUCUCUUUUUUUUAAUUAAAGCAUAAGAUAACUCAAUUCUUUAAUGUAUUUUAAUUGCAUUAAUAAAUACGAUAUAUCUUGCAAUAAUUAUUAUAGCCAAACUCUUAAAAUAUAAAAUAGAUAAAAUUGUAAUCUUUUGGUUUGAAUUGCCUAUUAUAAUGUUUACACUUUUGAGCAUCUCUUAUCAUCCUGAUUUUGUUAAACAUAUUACAAAUAAUUAAUAACUCCUUAUAGGAUUUAUAUAAAUAGCAAUAUUAUGUUUUGGAUUACUAUCACCAUUAAUUAAGUAUGGUUAUAUUCUUAUCAAAAAAGCAAAAGAUUAUAUAAUCUAGAAAUAUAAGAGCAUUGUUGCCUAAAAAUAAAAACAAAUAGCUUUAGAAUAAAUAUUUUUAUGA